AUGGGGUACUUUCCGGAAGUUAUUGACAUUUACUUUGAGAAUGUUGGGGGAAAGAUGCUUGAUGCAGUGCUACUCAACAUAAGAGCCCAUGGUCGCAUUGCUGCUUGUGGCCUGAUCUCACAGUACAACCUUGACAAGCCUGAAGGUGUGCACAAUUUAAUGCACCUGAUUUACAAACGGAUUCGAAUGGAAGGAUUCGUGGUUUUUGAUUACUUUCACCUCUACCCAAAGUUUCUGGAGUUUGUUCUGCCUCAGAUUGCUGAAGGGAAGAUUGCAUAUUUGGAAGAUAUAGCUGAAGGCCUCAAGAGUGGCCCGUCAGCACUUGUUGGGCUAUUUUCUGGUCUCAAUGUUGGCAAACAGGUAGUUUUAGUUGCUCAAGAAUGAUUGACUUCAUGACCAAAAGAUUUAGGUCCCUUGGAAGCUUUCUAUAGCAAAUAAAUCUUGUACUUCUAUACCUUUUAAAGAAGUGUUCAGGUAUCAGCGUUCAUCAGGAAGUGUGUUUCCUAAAAAGAUGUUUUGCCCCUGAAGUCAUGGAUUUCUUUCCCCAGAUAGAUGUUUGUCAUUGUUUUUCCUAAAUAAAUUUUGUCAUUGAGGUCACGA